CAUUCACACAGCAGCAACUCUGCUUCCCGCGCAAAACCCAUCCAAAAAGUUGGAAAUAAAAGAGGACAGCUGGACUAGUUGGGAAAUAGUGUGGCACAAUUUACUGAAAGAGGGGACCUGGAACCGAACAGGAUAUCUACCUGGAAAACCUAAGGCAGAAAAAGAGUGAGACGGAUCAGCGCGCACACAUACUCACUCUCUUCCCUGCACAUGCAUGCAGUUCUGCUUUGGGUGUGUGCGUAUAGGUAGCGUGCAUGUGAUUGGGAACCAUUGUUUUGCUUCCCGGGGAAUUGGAGAAAAAGGACACGAAGCGGAGGAAUCGGUGGAAAACCACCCUUGGAAUGCAACCGCUUUUCGCAUUCUGCCGCCAAUUUUCAGUUGACGCAGAUCCUUCGAAGGCCUAACAUGGAUAACCAGUAUCAGCGCAUUGUCAACGCCACUCCUCGCGAGGAUUCCCAGUUUCCGAGGAGCAUGCCUCUGGUUCUGAAUGCCUGGUCGCAAACUUCUAGCGAGGAUUUCGAGCUCCUUCGCAGUAUUACCUCUCCAGAUCCCCAAGUAGAAGCCGAAAAUCGGGCUCUCCGGGAUAAAGUUCGUUAUUUGGAAGCCAAGCUGCAGCAGCAUACGGACUUGCUUUCCCAGAUACAUGCUACUUCCGCCAGGAUGCAGCAGGCAUCGUCCCUGCUGGCAGACUCCGGUCCACCUACCCCGCCAACUGUCCAAAACCACCAGAUCCUCACGCCUCCCAGCUCGGUUAUAUGUGCUCCCACGCAGAAUCCCCAGAUUUUAGACUACAAAAUUAUCUCGGCACCGGACGAUGCGGAUGCCAUUGAGAUUCGCCUGGCGGCCGAGAGCCUUAACAGCCUGAGCACUUCGUCGGACUCGGAUCGCCUGGAGAUUUGCCUGGGCGAUGAGAAUCAGCCACAGAAUCAGCCGCAACAGUACACAAUCAGCAGUAGCAUUAAACGAGAAGGCGAAGAAUCGUCGGGCACACCCUUACAGUUUAUCAAACGGCGCAAGUUGCAGGAAAUUCAGUUACCCGAAGAAUCUUCCCGACAGCACCUCAAGCUACAGUCAAAAAAUCCAGUCAAAGUCCGCAACGGCAGCCUAACCGAUCUCAGCAAGACUCCCCAGCAAAAUAUGGACAAUGUAAUGGUCUCCAUUGGUCCGAAUGGCACCUGUGUGCCCGCCAGCGUUUUCGAAAACAUAAAUUGGUCGGUGUCCUCGUUGGCCACUAGGAAAUUGCUGGUGUCCAUUUUCGAUAGGGAAACCCUGGCCACCCAUUCAAUGACGGGGAAACCAUCGCCCGCUUUUAAGGACCAGGACAAGCCGCUCAAGCGCAUGCUUGAUCCCCAGAAGAUCCAGGACAUAAUUUUUGCGGUGACGCACAAAUGCAACGCCAGCGAAAAGGAAGUCCGUAAUGCGAUUACUACAAAGUGCGCCGAUGAGAACAAAAUGAUGAAAAUCCAGACAAUUAAGCGUCGCAGCAGUGGCAUCAAGCACGAAAAGGAAAACAUCUCAUCUAGGAUUUAGUUUUAAUAGAGAUUAAUGACUUAUAUUUUAGACUAGCACCAAAAACUGGUGGAGAUCCUCGCACCAACCAUAUAAAACCCAUACAUAUAGAACCGAAACACUAAAUGAAA